AUGUUCAAGCAGUUCGCCAACUCGGCAAUCCAAGUACCAGACGACUAUACUGGAGUCUCCAACAUGAUAUGCGCCCAUGCUUCUGCAACAUACGGCGAUGCAUCACAUCCCGUUGCUUUUCGACUAGGUAAUGGUGGCGCUGGACACACUGGCAUCCUUCGCCUACUCUGCGAAUACUUCAUCGCCACUCGGGGAGGAGGUUUCUGUAUUGAAUGGGUAGCAAACCACAGUCGACACUCGCAAAUUGCAUUGCUGGGAGAUGUGGUCCAAGUAGCCUUGACGUAUGAGCCCGAGUACGAGGGUCUUGCUAUCGCAGAGGGAUGGGCGAAACGAGUGGCCAAAGUGUUCAAUGACCACUUCAUUCUGGUCGGGCCAGUUUCCAAUCCAGCUGGCGUUGAUAUCGGUGCCGAGAUCGCAGAUGCUAUGCAAGCAAUUGCGAAGUACGGUUCUUCAUCACACCAAAGCCAUAAUCAAGGACUCUUCCACACCCGCGGCGAUGGCUCAGCAACAUUCUACAAAGAACUGGCGUUAUGGAAACUCGCUGGCAUCGAUAUAUCUUCAACAGAGUCAUGGAGACUCACCAAACCGGGGACGCCUUACGAAGCUCUUGUGACGGCAGAUCGCACAGGCGCAUACCUCAUCACCGAUCGUGCCACAUACCUUACAGCCAAACGAGACAGAGCGCUAAGCAAUAUCAUACCCUUCGUUGAGGGCGGGCGGCAAUUGCUGAAUCCUUGCUCUGCACUUGUCAAUCUCAAAGCUCCUCGCAAUGAGCUGGCAACAGAGUUUGCUUCAUGGCUGGGGAGUGAGGAAGUCCAGCAGAUAUUGAGCAGUUAUGGGCAGAGAUGGUCUGUUGCCACUCCCGUAUUCUCCGUGGCGAAACAGGACGAUGUGAGAUUCUCAGAGAGAUUGGUAGCAAAGCUGUAG